AAAUUGCGGACUAAUAGAGUAAGCUGGUGCAUGACUAUAGCAACCCUUGCUAGCAAGCAAGGUGCCUACCAAGCAAAGUGCGUUUACUAAACAAAGGCUCCUUAAUUGCUCUUCAGCAGCGGGCCAAGCGUUGCGAAGUACAACGAGCAUGCAGCAGUUAAAUAGGAACCGCUUUAAUUGCGGUUUGGGUCGAAAGGCUUGCGAUAGAGUUGCAACAAUUCAGCCCCGGAAACCCAAGCCGAGCAGGCUCUUGGCAAGGGCUCACAACCUUGGCGGACAGGAAGCCGAGGACCAACCAUCAACCUCAUACUCGGCAGCAGCUCGUCGCGCUUACGCUCAGCUCGUUGCUCCGACGCAAAUUGGUGCUGAAUACGGCGAGGGCUUCCUACAAUUCGCAGCAGGCGGCCAGCCCCGGUGUCUUGACGUGGCCGCUAUUAACGAACAGCUGCGCCCUGGAGGUGCGCUGCGGCACCGCUUCCAGCUGCACCCAGAUGAGGCGUACGGCACCGUGUUUGACUUUGACACCGUCAUCGCGGACACAGCGGGCGCCUACCGCCGAGCCUGGGGCCGAGUGGCUGCGAGCCGCGGUCUCAGGCUGCACCCCCAUGCUCGUCUGGCCAUGCAUAACACGGCUCCGGAGCGCAUCAUCAUGGAUGUGCUAGGCUGGACUGCCAGCAUGCGUGAGGCCCGGGCACUGGCGUACGAGCUGGCGGAGGCCUACGCGGCGGAGCUGAGCCGCCUGGGGGAGCAGGUGCCGGUGGGGGGGCAGGAGCGGGGGCAGACGGGGGAGCAGCAGGCCGCAGCGACCUCCUCCACCGCCUCCGCUUCCUCCGCUGAAGCCAAGGCUGUGUCCACGUGGGCGUGUGUGGAGUCGCCGGGGGCUGCAAGCGACGGCCGCAGUGCUGCAGCUGCUGACAGCACCAGUGGCAGUGCUGGUGUUAGCGGCAGUCGUAUCAGUGGUGGUCCGCCCCCGGGAGUGCGCGAGUGGCUGGGCGCGCUGACGUCGUUCAACGUGCCGGUGGCGCUGGUGUCGGCGCUGGACCGCGGCACGGUGCGGCGGGCGCUGGAGCGGCUGCACCUGCACGACCACUUCCAAGUGCUGGUGACCUCGGAGGACGAGCUGGAGUCGGCUGCCCAGCGCUUCCUGACCGCCUCGCUGCGGCUGCGGCGGCCGCCCAACAUGUGCGCCGUGUUCGCCGCCACCCCGGAGGCGGUCACCGCGGCACACAACUGCACCAUGAAGGCCGUGGCGGUGGCCUGCUCCCCCGACUACCCCGCCUACAAGCUGCGAUCCGCCGACGUGACGGUGCCCUCGCUGCAGCACCUCACCGUCUACAACCUGCGGCGGCUGUUCGCGGCAGCGGGGGAGGAGUUCAUGGACCCGCGCAAGCAG